CUUCCGCAGGCGUGGUUUUCAGAUCUCUGGUUGUGUGGAGUGUUGUUGUUGAUGUCAUGUUUAGUGUUUGAUUAUAUGUAAUAUUGCUGCAAUUGUAAUCGAGAAGUAAUGGCGAAAAAUACAUCAAGUUCUGCGUUCCGGAAGAUAGAUGUUGAUCAGUACAACGAGGAUAAUUAUAGAGAGGAAGAGCAAGUUGAGUUACAGUCGACGCCCAUCGGUCCGGAUGAAGCAGAAGUCGGUGGCCUCAUGAAUCAAGGACGCUAUGUGGAUGCAUUGAAAUUAGUACUAAAGAAUGCUCCAUUAGGAUCUAAAAAUCAGCAAGUUAAGGACAAUGCAUUAAAUUUGACAUUGAGGGUAUUAUUGUCCAUCAAGUCAUCUCAAAUAGAAGAAGCAGUUGCAGCCCUUGACAGAGACCUUAUUGAUGUCCUUAUGAAGUAUGUCUACAGAGGCUUCGAGAUGCCAUCAGAAGGGAGCAGUGGUCACUUACUGCUUUGGCAUGAAAAGGCGUACGCUGUUGGAGGUGUUGGAAGCAUUAUGAGGGUGCUGUCUGACACAAAGAGAGCAUAAAUAUGUUUCACGUGUAUAGUUUUUGUGCUUUGUUAAGAAACAAGGAGACUUGCAGUCUAACAAAGCUCAGUGUGAAUGUGAAUACAGUCUACAAUGUGUAAAAUUAUUGAUCAUAUUCAGUGAUUAUGUUUUAAUAUUUUGUGUUUAUUGUUGGAAACUACAUAAUUAUUUUGGUGAGUAUAAUUUGUUCAAGCAUUGUAUCACUGCUGAAAAAUGCUGUCUGAUUAUUGCAUCAGUGUUUGUACAAUUCACUUUGACAGAAAAUCUACACCUACAUAGUUUACUAGGAAAUGCACAUUUGUGUUUCAAUAUAGAAAUUAUCAUAUAGAAGAGAAAAAACAAACUUUCAUAGAGAAAAGUGAUCAGUAUUAGGCCAUUAGAUGCCACGACAAUGGGCAUCGUGUAUGCAUGCUUUUUGAUUAAUAUAUUUUCAUAUCGGAUAUGAGAUAACUGGAACAACUAUAACAUGGUUUCCAUCUUCUUUUUUUUUUUUUUAAGGACUGUGUGAAAUACUGUCCUUGUGAGUAUUGUUUUUGAAACAUUCGCAGUUAACUUAUUAGUAAAGUAAAAUAAAAACUUUGGUAAAGAUGUGUUUCUAGAUAACUUGUGCUUAUGGAUUCUCUGUUGACAUUUUUGUGUGGAUAUUUGAUGGACAUUGUGUAAAAUCUGGGUUCCAGUAUAUGAUUUAUUCAGAGUGAUUCAUUCUGUUUAGUUUAAUGCAAGGAACUCACAUACAUACAGAAAAUUAUAAUUUUCCACUUUCUAAACUUUUGCUGUGAAUCUGGAUGGAUAUAAUUCAUGUGAUUUGUGUAUAUGAUUCUAUGGUUCAGUGAAUAUUCUGUAUGGAUGUACUAUUUGUGUCUUUCAAGUAAAAACAUUUAUUGAUGAUAAUACUGUUGAAUAUCCACAUUUUUGUGCUUUUCAUUUAUAAAUAUAAAGUUAUUAUACCAAGCAGCAAUGAAAGAAUCACUUUGCUGUAAUGGUAAUAUACAAUAAAAGCUGAAUUUACUGUAACAUCAGAGAUCAUCAAUAAUGAAAUGUUAUCAUUUUAAUAACUGAUGAUUAGAACUUCUUUUGUUUUGUUAGUCUUUAUAUAAAGUGACAUAGGGUUGAAAAUGGUGGUUCUCAGUAAAUUGUGCUGUACCACAGCAAUAUCAGUUGCCUCGUAAGACAACUAAUACAUAUAUGAUAAUACAUUGCAACCUAAGAGAAUAUGCACAAUCUGUAAGGAGUAAGAAAACUAACAGAAAUACAGGAAAAGUGGAAUAACAACAACUGUUACACAAUAUCAGUGAAACUAGAGGAGGCCAUAGGAGGGUAAGAAGAGAUAAAAACCAGAUACUUCAACAUGUUGUUGCACUUCUGUUACGUGCCACUUCAUGUCUUUGUGAUAACAUGUACAUUUUAUUCCACACCCAGUAGUAUUUUCUAAGAGUGUUGUAACAAGAAGUAGACUUAGGAUGAAUAAAACACAAAUGCAUCAGUACAGUAAUAGACAAACCUUAGAUAGAACACAAUGGUAUCAUAAAAGUAAGCGCCUACUGUGUGGAGAAAAAAAUUGAGUGUUCAAUAGGCACAGGAAGAAGAAGUUGAACAUUGUGACCAUAACACAGAAGCAAGAUAGAAGCACACAUGUUGACUGUUGAAUACUUCAUCUACACAGAAUUAGUAUUUUUCAGCUAAGUAAGAAACAUCAGUUGAUGUUCUGUGUGGACAUAGCUACUGUCAUACAAUACAUGUUUGACUCAAUGUAGGCUGACAAUAUGCCCAGGUAUAAUUCACAUGUACUUGCACAACUGAAAAAGCCGCUUCACUGCAUUGUUACUAUUUGUGUCCCACCCCAUUACUGAAGCAUUUGGCCAAUUGUGAUUUAUAACAGUGUAGUCAUACUAUGAUUUGUUCAGCUUAUGACCAAACAAUAAAGAUUUUUGUUUUCUGUUGCUUCCUUAA